UAUGUUUUGGGUCGACGUCCGCUUCCCCAUUUCGCUAUCGAAACGAGGAUCCGAGAAGAUCUAAGGGCUGCCGGGGCUGCCACGAUAGCACGGACGUGGUCCCUACCUUUUUCGCCCUCCUCUCACGCUCCGUUUAGGUUCCGACAAGAGGAGAACAAUAAAGAUGCGCAGGGGGAACCGAGCGACCAAACCCCGCUCCCAGACCUCCAGGUGCACAAGGCGAAGAGAGAGAUGCGAGCAAGAGGAGCCGAGACCGCCCGAGGUCUGUGAGGAUUGCUGCAUCUCUACCCGUAGCCUACGAUCCUUGACCUUGCUACUGGUUGUUAUCGCUUCCAGUGUUUUGUUUGCCAUGGAAAGGCAUUCCAAUUGCACUCCUUCGUCCAGUGAAAAUGGGGUCUUGGAUGUGAAACCACUACGAUCUUUGGCUCCGAUGUUCCCUGCACCAUUCGGCUUCAAUGCUAUUACACAGUCAAUUGUCCCACCCUUUAUUUGUGUCACCCCCUUUGGCUCAUCCCCUGCUGGCUCUGAUUCAUCAUAUCCUUCAGGAGUCCCACCGGCGUUCCCCCCUUUCAGCUUUCACGAAGCUCCCAACCAAAAGCCAUCAAACCCUGACCCUGUCUCUUUUGCUACUCGUGUUGUAGAUGCUCAUGUUGCAAUGACGCCUGGUGCUAAUGGCUCUCUGCGGGCCUCUCCAUUCUCCACUUCUGCCAAGACACCAACCUCCGGUACAUUUUGGACACCAUCAGCGACCAAUGUUUCCAUAGAUGAGGAUGAGGACCCUUCUCUUGAUGACAAUAUGCCAGCAUCAGGCAGAAAGACUAAGAGGGCAGGACGCCGAAGUAGCAACCAGGCGGGCAGCUCAGGGACAGAUGUCAAGCGCAAACGACCUAAUAAGAGUCUGAACACUGAGCUUCCCCUAUUGUCCUCUUCAUCAAACCACCCCAGGGAGUCUGUGGAGAUUGUCCUCAUGACCUAUGAUGCACUUCGUAGGAGGCUUCUGCAGUUGGAUGAAGCAAAAGAUGUAAACAGGCGCCAAGAUCUGAAGGCUGGGGCCAUCAUGUCUGGUAAGGAUCUCAAGGCUAAUGCAGGAAAGAGGAUCGGACUUGUCCCAGGAGUUGAAAUUGGGGAUAUUUUCUAUUUUAGGUUUGAGAUGUGCUUGAUUGGAUUGCAUGCUCCUAGUAUGGCCGGUAUUGAUUACAUGACAGCUAGUUUUUCUGACAAAGAUGAGCCUGUUGCCAUUUGUAUUGUCUCGGCUGGUGGUUAUGAGAAUGAAGAUGAUGAUGUCGAUGUUUUAAUUUACAGCGGCCAGGGAGGUAGUGGUAAGCAUGAUAAGAAGCAACCAGAUGACCAGAAACUGGAAAGGGGUAACCUUGCUCUCGAAAGAAGCUUGCACAGGAAGAAUCAGAUCCGGGUUGUACGUAGUACCAAAGAUGUUAGCUGUCCAACUGGCAAAAUAUACAUCUAUGAUGGUCUUUAUAAGAUUGAUGACUCAUGGGUCGAGAAAGGUAAGACAGGAUUCAAUAUUUUCAAGUACAAGUUGCUGAGAGAACCAGGGCAGCCUGAUGGAAUUGUGGUAUGGAAAAUGAUCCAGAAAUGGAAAGAGAACCCAUCAUCUAGAGGCAGAGUCAUACUGCCUGACAUAUCAUCAGGUGCAGAAAACAUACCUGUUUGCCUUAUCAAUGAUGUUGAUGAUGAGAGAGGUCCAAACCAUUUUGUAUAUGUAACCACCGUUAAACAUUUGUGUCAUACUAUCUCAAAGAAGCCUUUAGAGGGUUGCAUGUGCCUUAGUGUGUGUCUCCCUGGUGAUACCAACUGCUUUUGUGCACAACAAAAUGAUGGUGAUUUACCAUAUAAUUCGAUGGGGCUUCUUGUGAGACGGAAGCCUCUGAUUUAUGAGUGCAGUGUUUCUUGUCAAUGCUCUUUUAAUUGCCGAAAUAGGGUGACCCAAAAGGGAAUUAGGCUCCACUUUGAAGUUUUCAGGACAAAGGACCGGGGUUGGGGUCUACGUUCCUGGGACCCUAUCAGGGCAGGUACAUUCAUUUGUGAAUAUGCAGGCGAGGUUAUCAGUAAAACCAGAGUUGAAGAUGAUGGUGAAGAAGAUGAGUAUAUUUUUCAAGCGACAUAUCUUGGUGAGAAAGCUUCCAGAUGGAAUUGUGGGCCUGAGUUACUAGAAGAUCCAGAUAUAAAUAACUCAAAUGAGGUGUUUAGACCAUUUCCUAUUACGAUAAGUGCAAAGAAUUCAGGAAACAUAGCACGUUUUAUGAAUCAUAGCUGCUCGCCUAAUGUCUUUUGGCAACCAGUUCUAUAUGAUCAUGGUGAUGAAGAUUAUCCACAUAUAAUGUUCUUUGCAAUCAAACACAUUCCUCCCAUGACUGAACUGACAUAUGAUUAUGGUCUGCAUGGAGAUGAAGCUGGUCAACAGAAAAUUGGAACUGGCUUUAUAUCGCAGAGAGCUAAGAAGUGCCUGUGUGGAUCUCCAAAUUGUCAAGGCUAUUUUGGCUAAUUUUGAGCAACAUUAUUUACAUAAGCAUCUACCUGCUCUCAAGUUUGUUGUGCUGAUACCUUUGAUGCAUAUGAUGGGAGAUGGUGUUCGAGAGGCUGUGGCAUCGUCGCCCUCAUAGCUUUGUGGCAUUGUGACCUUUUUGAAUGUCAGCAAAUUUUAGGCAGGGGCAGAUACAGUGUAGACUACUGACUGCAGAUUUUGUUAUAUGUAUUCACCACAUGGUUGCCUUUAGGAUGCACUGUGCAGGAAGUAUUACUGCUGCAGUGAAACAUUGGUGCCCGACAUGCUCUGGAAUUAUGUUAGGCAUUGUAGAAUGUUGACGGAUGCAUUCCCACUUAGUGCCUCCAUGUACAACAUUAUUGGUAGUUCAAGUUUAAACUUAGUUUCUUUUUUGGGGCAAA